GCCCAGCACCGCCGAACCGACCAACUACAUAAUGCGUCUUCCUAGCCUCCUCCUCUGCCUCGUGGCCGCCGUGGCCGGUGCUUCCGCUGUUGCGACCCAGUCUGCCGGUCAGCCGAUUCUGUUCGCGGCUACGUGGACCAAGGAGACCACCAACGGCAUCAACACGUUCAAGCUCAACCCGGCCGACGGCACCCUGACCCCGUACGGCAUCACGCCUCUGAGCUUCGCUGCCAAGGGCCUCAACCCCACGUACGUCCAGGGCUCCAACAAGAAGUUCUCGAACGGCGAGCGUGUUAUCUAUGCGCUUAACCGCGGCUCCACUACCGGCUACGUGUCGGCCAUGACCCUGCAGUCGAACGGUACGCUGAAGGUCAUCAACUCGCAGGUGAUGAAGGGCGCAUCUCCCGCCCACGUCGCGCUCAGCCCCAAGGAGGACUUCGUCUCUGUCGCCAACUACGUCGGCAGCGUGUCGCUCUUCCCGCUCAACGCUGACGGCUCGGUCGGAGCUGAGACGUUCUACCAGGACUUCCCUGUCGGCAGCAAGGUUAUCAUGGACAACCAGGCUACGGGCCACAUCCACAGCACCACGUGGCUGCCCAACUCGAACCACGUUAUUGCUGCCAACCUGGGCGGAGACGAGCUGCUGCAGUACGAGCUCGACGCGACCAAGAAGACGCUGAAGAAGCUGCCGACCGUCCAGCGCCCCGCUGGCUCUGGGCCCCGUCACAUGGCGCUCCACCCGAACGGAAACAUCGCGUACGUCACGAACGAGCUCUCGAACACUGUCGGCGUCUACAAGAUCGACACGAAGGGGGCUGUUCUCUCGAGCAAGACUCUGCAGGAGGUCACGACGCUUCCCGCCGGCUUCAAGAACACUAGCACGGCUUCCGACAUCCACCUCUCGAGCAACGGAAAGUUCGUGUACGUGUCGAACCGCGGACACAACUCGAUUGUGUCGUACCAGAUUAACGCCGACGGCACGCUCAAGGCUCUGAACUGGGAGAGCUCGCGCGGUGUCACUCCCCGCGGCUUCGUGAUCUACAAGGACUGGCUCAUCGUUGCCAACCAGGGAUCGGACGACAUGUACGUCUUCAAGGUGAACGCCAACACUGGUGCACUCACGUACACUGGCAACUCGUACAAGAUUGACGGCGCUGUGAGCCUUUACGUUGCGGAGUAUUAG